AUGCGCAGCGUCGGGCUCUUGGAAGACCUGCCAGUGGCCGAAGAGAUAAAACGAGGGUUGCUCAAAGAAUACUUUGAAGAAUUCAACUAUCUGAAGAAUUCAACUACAGCGAGGAAACCCAGAAUUGCUGGGUUGCUGCUUGUCUUUACGUCAUCUCCGCAGUUUUCUCAAUUCGGCAAUUUUUGGCAAAUCAGAGGCUGGCUGAACGGAUUGAGCAAUGGCAGC